GACACUGUUCAAACACCACCGCCUCCUCAGCCAUACUGGAAUUGGGCUCCUCCAACCGUUAAUCCAGUAGUGCCAAGCCCAGUCACUCCACCACCAGUGGAUAUUACACGCGCUAGUCCACAGUUGUUGGCGCACAACACGGCAAGGAUGAUUCGUGAGAUCGCAACGUUUUCCGACGUUCACCACGGCGCUAAUGACGACUACGGUGCUGUACAAACGAUAAUGGAAGCGUUUUUCCAGUCACUUGCCGAUCCGCAACCGGCGGCGGCAGCGCAGGUACACAAAUCACGC